AUUACUAGGGAAACGGCGUCGUAAAACUGACGUGGCUCUGACAUUUUCAUCAACGAACGUUAACGGAAUCACCGCCGAAAUUCGUUCCGAACCUCUAGCUUCGGUACCAAACUUCUACUCCGAACCUAGGCAACGAAGAGCCGAAGACAGCCCGCUCUCCAUUGUUCCGCUCCACCUCCAGUCUCCCUUUUUUCAUUCACACAGCUGAAUUCUCAUCUCUCCAUUUCUCGCCCGAUUCCGACAAACUCGAAUGCAACCACCUUGCUGAUGCACGUCAAAUCGGACUCCGACGUCAGGAGUUCGCUCCCUUCAUCGUGGAGAUCUCCGAAACGUCCCCUGUACUAUGUUCAGAGCCCGCCCAGAGACUCCCACGAUGGCGACAAGUUGUCCUGAAUGCAGGCCACGCCGGCCUACAACAGUCCCAUGGAGUCCUCUUCCCGCCCUUCCUAUAGCCGCCACUCCAGGGCCUCCUCCGCCAGGCGUUUCUCUGGACCCUACAGAAUGGGAGGAAGAAGAACGACAAGGGAGAGCCGGAGUCCGACGUCAUAGAGGAGGAAGAGGAUUAUGGGGAGUUGUAAGGAAGGGACAAGGGGCUACCGAGGAGGUGUCAGGUUUUGAUUGGGGUUUUGGGGUUUGUGGCAGUUUUCUCUGUAAAGCUAGAAGAAAGUUCAUGCACUUAUAACUGAGACCGGUGGAUUCCUGCAACUGUACACAUUGCCUCUCGCUUAGAAAUGGUGGAUUAUGGCUGCUUUCAGUCAAGAUCAGUGCUUGCAGUCUCAGUGUGUAAGGGUAAGGGAAUGUCUUUCAGUGCUUCCGUUCCAAGAGUUUGGCGGGAAAAUUGUUUGAACUUUAGAUGCUUUCCCAAUGGGAAACAGCCAUCAUCUUUUUAGAGGGAAAUAUUCUAUUGAUAACAUUAUCUUUGUUCAUUAGGAAGUUCCAUGUUUGUCUUCAAGCCUCCAUGUGGAGGCAAAAUACAUAAAAUUGCCUAUA